AUGGUAGCAGAACCCGUUCAGGCGGCCAAAGAAGCACUCAAUCUGGCUUACACGUCCGCAUCUAGCUUUUUCUCAUCCCUGCUGAAAGCUGUCAAUGAGUCUCUCCCCGAUCUGGACUCGGUACUCAACCUGAAGCUAUUCAGUAUGCUCAGAUCAGAGCCACAGCCAGCUCCUCAACCACAAGAACGAGCGGUCGACCGAAUCACGCGGCUGAUUCAGGACCAUAAGGUGGCUGCCGCUUCAUGUUUUGCUAUAUCUUUGAGUGCCACAAGCUACUUGAUCUAUAGACAUCUCAGAACCCCUAGUACUAAGAACAAGCCUCGAAGGAGGGUCCCCAAACUUGCCAAUGGCGCUCGCAGAGACGUUGUGCUUGUUGUUGGGUCGCCUACCGAGCCCAUGACCCGGUUGAUAGCGGUGGAUUUUGAAAAGAGGGGCUUUAUCGUUUACUUGACUAUCCUUGAUGAUAAGGACUACAAAUACAUUCAGUCGAACCAGGUGACUGACGACAUCAACUACUUGAAUCUAGUGGAAGAUUCUUACGAAACGCAGUUGAGCAAAUUCCGUAAGAUUCUCCAUGUGGGCGUUGUGCCGUUCCCUGGCGCCGAGGCACACCACCUUCGUCUUUCAGCCAUGGUAUUCGCUCCUACCUUAUACUUUCCCCUUGGCCCGCUUGAGAAUACGCCCGAGCUGAGCUGGCAAAGACUGCUCUUCCGCUUGAAUGUGACCACGAAGCUUCUAUCCCUGGGUCUCUUGGACGUGGUGCGGGAGCAGAGUAGCAGCAUUGUGGCCAUUGUGCCUAGCAUUGUGAGUUCGCUUCGGAUGCCGUACCAUGGGCCCGAGUCGGUGUUGCAGAAUAGCAUGAAAGACAUUUUUACCACCCUAGCGAAGGAAUUGAGGCCUCAGAAUAUUAAUGUCACCCAGGUCCGUCUAGGGAAUUUGAACCUUACAACUUCAAAGACAGGUGCGACCCUGGUUGGUGAUAGCGUGCCGACGAUAGUGGAAGCAGAAGUCCGCUCAUGGAGUGAAGACAUGCGUAGUGCUUACGGCUCGGACUUCCAGAAGUCUCAGGCGAAUCUGAGGCCAAUGGGAAGCUCUUUCAAGAGCAAAGGCUUGCGUGAGUUGUACCAUGUUCUAUUUGAUUUGAUCUUUUACAAAGGACGUGCCCCAUCGGUGAUUUACUGUGGCACAGGCGCCCGUGCUUACGACAGGCUAGUAUCGUACUUGCCAUAUUCGAUGAGCGAACUUAUCUUUUAG